CACCUUCCUCGGUUCAGUUCAGUUCAGUUCAGGCCGAGAUCCACCGAUCCGCGCGCGCACAGCGCACCGGUGAGAAAGCCAGCACCGACGACGCGGCGCCCCCACGCCACCAGCCAGCCACCGGCCAAACGCACUAACCAAAACCUCGCCGUCGUCGUGCGCUCCCGCCGAACCCCACCCUAGUUCUCUCCCUACUACAUCUCCACGGCGGGAGCUUUGCGCAGCUCUCCCCCGCUCCCCGUGCCACACUCGCUCCUGCACCUCCCGCUCCCCGUCUCCCUUCCCGGCCUGGGGCGUCGGUCCCCAAUUCGGGUCGGGGGGCGCCGAGGUCGCGAGGCGGAUCAGGAUCUGAUCCCGCGCGGCCGGAGCGGGAGCGGUGGGUCGGUCGAUUGGGCGGCGCCGGGAUCAGAUCUAUGCGCGAGAUCUAGCCGGGCGUGCGGGCGGCUGCUGGUGAUCGGAGCCGGACCCGGAGGGGAGUGAGGGAUGGCGUGGUGGUCGGGGAAGGUGUCGCUGGGCGGGCUGCAGGACAUCGCCGGCGCCGUGAACAAGAUCAGCGAGAGCGUGAAGAACAUCGAGAAGAACUUCGACAGCGCGCUCGGCCUCGAGGAGAAGCGCGACGACGAGGAAGGAUCAGGAUCACGUACAUCCAACUCUGAUGGAAUAGGAUUCUUUAAUCCUGUCAUGGCAUUUAUGGGACAAAAUGGUGAGGAGAACUCUACGGAAGUAUCAGAAAAGCAACAAUUGCCAAUACAUUCGUCAGCAGAAGAAGAAAAUCAUAGGGUCACCACCGAGCCAGCUACAUCUGAAGCAGAUGCUUCUGAAGUAUCAGUAACAACCCAAUCUCCAAAGCAGCUUCCAAAAUUAGAAGAGAAUGUCAGCAGCUCCACUGAGCUACCUGUAUCUAAGGUGGAUGUUCCUGACCAAUCUGUAACACCGCAAGCUCCAACACAUCCUUCAGCAUUAGAAGAAAAUAAUGGUGGCUCCACUGAGUCACCUACAUCUAAGGGGGCAACUUCUGAAGUAUCAGAGACACCGCAGUCCCCGAUACAUCCAUCUAUAGCCGAAGAAAAUUCUAGUGGCUCCAUUGAAACUAGUAACUCAGUUGAGAGGGAAAAUCAGGGUCACGAAGGUAAUGAAUAUUCUGAUCCCAAUGACGAAGCUUUACCGAGCCAGCUUGGAGUGUCCGGCAGGGACAUACCUGGUGGUGGAACAUCUUCACCUAAUAAAUUAGAUCAAUCAAGUGUUAUUGGAGCAGAAGAAUCUAUUCAUGAUGGAAAGGAUGACACAAAUGGUAACCAGUCACAGCCAGCAGAUUCCACGGUAGCCAGUUCAGAUGAUGUAAAUGAAGGCAAUAAGAUUGGUCAAGAAUUUGAUGCCCAAAAGGAAAUAAUCAGCCCACAUGAGAGCAAUGUUAUCGAUGACAAAGCCAGUCAUGUGGAAGUCAAGUUACAUGACGACGCUGCUGAGAAUGAAGAAGAAAACAGUCAAACAGAAGCACAUGCAGUAUCUGUUGUUGAAAAUGUGGAUAAUACAGUGUUGCAACUUGAAAACCCUACCUCAAAGUCGAUAACUAUGGAUGAUGAUUCAGACUCGCAAAAUGAGUUAGCACCCGCUUCUGUACAUGUUCCUGUUGGUCUUGUAGAAGUUGGUUCUCAUGCAAAUGAUUUGAGAAAAGAAGAAAAGAUUCAUGACUCUGUAACAACCAUAAAUUCUCGAGAAUCUGUUGGUUCUGUUGUUGAACUAGAGAAACUAAGACGUGAAAUGAAGAUGAUGGAUGCUGCAUUGCAAGGUGCUGCAAGGCAGUCCCAGUCCAAAGCUGAUGAAAUUGCUAGACUGAUGAAUGAAAAUGAGCAAUUGAAAUCAGCAAUUGAUGAGCUCAAGGGUAAGUCAGCUGAAGAAGAAAUGGAUGCUCUCAAGGAUGAAUAUCACCAAAGAGUAGCAACUCUUGAAAGGAAGGUUUAUGCACUAACCAAAGAACGAGACACAUUGAGGAGAGAGCAAAAUAAGAAAAGUGACGCGGCUGCUCUUUUGAAAGAGAAGGACGAAAUUAUCAGUCAGGUUAUGGCUGAAGGCGAAGAGCUAUCCCGAAAACAAGCUGCUCAAGAAGCUACUAUACGGAAACUGAGGACGCAGGUUCGUGAGCUUGAAGAAGAAAAACAGCGGAUGAACUCAAAGAUCCAGGUUGAGGAGACAAAGGUUGAGAGUAUUAAAAGAGACAAGGCAGCAACCGAGAAGUUGCUACAAGAAACAAUAGAAAGAAAUCAAUCUGAACUUGCAGCUCAGAAGGAGUUCUACACAAAUGCUCUUAGUGCAGCAAAAGAGGCUGAGGCAUUAGCUGAAGCAAGAGUCAACACUGAAGCCAAAGUUGAGCUUGAGAGCCGUUUGAGAGAAGCUGGUGAAAAAGAAAACAUGCUGAUUAACACAAUUGAUGAGUUGAGGAAUGCUCUCACCAGACAAGAACAGGAGGCAGCUUUCAGGGAAGAAAGGCUAAAAAGGGAUCAUGAUGAUCUUCAAAAGCGGUACCAAGUAAGCUCUUCUGUUUUAGCUGCUACUACAGAGUACUGUAGUCAUGGACCAAUUCUCAAUUUCUUUCAUUAUUUAAUACUUCAGGCCAGUGAACUUCGUUAUAAUGAACUGGUUACACAAGUUCCUGAGUCGACCAGGCCACUCCUAAGGCAAAUUGAAGCCAUGCAGGAGUCAGCUGCUCGAAGGGAAGAAGCUUGGACUGGUGUGGAGAGAACCUUAAACUCUCGCCUUCAGGAAGCAGAAGCAAAAGCUGCUGCCUCGGGAGAAAAGGAGCGGUCCAUAAAUGAGAGAUUGUCACAAAGUUUAUCACGCAUAACUGUUUUGGAGACCCAGAUUACAAUUCUUAGAACAGAGCAGACACAGCUGAGCCGAUCUCUUGAAAAAGAGAGGCAGAGAGCAUCUGAAAGUAGACAGGAGUACCUUGCAAUUAAGGAGGAGGCGGCAAUACAAGAAGGACGCGCCAAGCAACUUGAAGAAGAAAUAAAGGAGCUUAGAGCUAGGCACAAAAAGGAGUUGCAAGAAGCAGCAGAACACAGGGGGCUGCUUGAGACGGACCUUGAAAGGGAAAAGGCUGCCAGAGCAGAACUUGAGAAAACAUCUUCCCGGGAGCCACCUAAAAUUCCGCUUCCAGAUCAAACAAGAAAUGCUCCUGUCAGAAGGCUCUCUAGUGCUUUGAGUGUUGGCAGCCUGGAAGAAAGUCAUUUCCUUCAAGCAUCAUUGGACUUAUCAGAUAGUUCAUCAUUGGAGAGGAGAAUGUCAGCAGAAAAUAAUAUGUCAUACUAUCUGAGGAGCAUGACUCCAAGUGCUUUCGAGUCAGCACUCCGUCAAAAGGACGGAGAACUGGCUUCUUACAUGUCACGCUUGGCCUCAUUAGAAUCUAUUCGGAAUUCUCUGGCGGAGGAGUUGGUGAAACUGACAGAACAAUGUGAAAAAUUGCGGACUGAAGCUGCUGCUCUGCCUGGCCUAAGGGCUGAACUGGAAGCACUGAAACAAAGACACUUUCAAGCUCUAGAACUUAUGGGUGAACGUGAUGAAGAGUUAGAAGAGUUACGAAAUGAUAUUGUUGACCUAAAGGAUAUGUACAGAGAACAAGUGGAUCUUCUUGUUGGCCAGCUCCAGACAUUGGGCGCUCGUGUAUAGCAGUGAAUUUGACAUCCCAUUUAAUUUUUAAUGCACUGCAUCGACCGAGACCAAGAUAACAAUUUUGAAGCCUGAACAUGUUUCUUCAGAAUUCGAACUGAUGCGAGUGUGGGAAGUUCAUAAUCACACAACGAGUGAAGAUAUUAUUUGUGUACAUUUUGAAGCAUCUUUGUUGUUGAAUUUAGUAGGAUAGUUUGUUGUAUACUAGAUUGAAUAGCUUCACAGUUUUACGUUUACAGAAAUUGCAAAAAAAUAAUUUACUGAAGUGUACCAAAUUUGGAACCUACAAGUGUAUGUCGACGUCUCUAAUAAUAUGGAGAUCCUGUUUUGACAGCUUUGUCAGGUUUUCUGUCA